UUUCAUUAUCAACAGUCCUCACUCAAAACAUCAUCACCAUCUUCUUCUCUUCUCUUCUCUUGGAUCUUUUCUUCAUCUUCUUUUCCCUUCUCAAUUUUUCCCCUUUCAAAAUUUAGCUUCACAUAGCGCCUAACCAUUAUCCACUUAUCAAGUUUCAGCUUCAGUUGGAUGAAGUGGUGGCAAAAAGCAACGGUUUUUCGCCACUAAUAAUAUUGUGACAGGAGCAUGGAGAUAAUAGCGCCACCGCCGCCGCCGCCGAAUUCGAAAUCGCCGGAACCGGAACCCGAGACGCCGACCCGGAUCCACCAAAGCGCGGCGCACGCGAACCCGAACCCAAAGCCGGUGUCUUUCUCAAACGGGGUUCUGAAGCGCCACCACCCUCCGCCGCAGCACCACCCCGUGGCGGUGGUGUACAAGGAAUGCCUUAAGAACCACGUGGCCAGCCUCGGCGGCCACGCCCUCGACGGCUGCGGCGAGUUCAUGCCGUCGCCGGCCGCCACCGCCGACGACCCCACCUCCAUCAAGUGCGCCGCCUGCGGCUGCCACCGCAACUUCCACCGCCGCGAGCCCGACGACCCCCCCAUUUCGCCGGCCACGCACCACGUGCUCGAGUACCAGCCCCACCACCGCCACCACCCUCCGCCACCGCAUCGGAGCCCCAACUCCGCCUCCCCUCCGCCGAUCUCGUCCUACCCCUCCGCGCCCCACAUGCUCCUCGCCCUCUCCGGCGGACUCUCCGUGGCGCCGGAGAACACCGCCGCCCCCGCGCCGCCGCACCACUCGCGUAAGCGCUUCCGCACGAAGUUCACGCAGGAGCAGAAGGAGAAGAUGCACGAGUUCGCCGAUAAAGUUGGGUGGAAGAUGCAGAAGCACGAUGAUGAAAUGGUUAUGGAGUUUUGCAAUGAAGUUGGCGUUGAUAGAGGAGUUCUCAAGGUUUGGAUGCACAACAACAAGAACACUCUCGGUAAAAAAGACAACAACAACAACGUUAACGGUAGCGCUCUCGUUAUUACCAACGGUCUUCCCGUUGAUAAUGUCAGUGUUACUGUUAGACCUGUUCAUGUUCAUGACCACCAUCGUGAUCAUGAACACCCUGAAAUUAACGGUAACGGAAACGACAACCUCGGUUCCCAGGAUGGAAAUCAGUACGAGAAUGAUAGUGGAACUAACGGCGGAGGAACUAAUGGGUCUUCUUCUUCUUCUUAAAAAAAAAAAGGAGAAUAAUAAUGAUAUGUUUAGAUAGAGUAAUUAAGAGGUGGUACCGGUUAAUUACUUUAGUCUUUUUCUAUCUUGAUUUAAUUGUUUAGUUUUUGUUAAUUAAUGAGAUGAUGAUGAAGAUGAUCACCUUCUUAAAAUGGCAGAGAUUUGAUUUUGAUGAUAUUGUGUAAGUAGGAAAAUGGGUAAUUAGUGUUAAUUAAUAAUUAGUGCUGCCUCAGUUCUUCUUGUUCUGUUCUUUGUUUGUUUGUUCUUUUUCUCUUUUUUUUGGUAUAACUAGCUAGUUGGCUUGGCUUUU